AAAGAUUCCAGAAAACCCUCCAGACAGGCCUGAUUACAUGGUAGCACUGGAAAAACCACUGCUUGUGCUCCUGGGUCAUUCUGGGGAUGCUGAAGAAAGAAUUAGAAGUACCCUAAAUGCUUGGCUCAUCAAAGAGAAAAGCACAGAGGCUCUGGAGAAAUUAGAAGACAAGGCAGACUAUUUGGCUGCAACAAAUGUGUCUUGGUGUCACUCCAGUCAAGUGGAAGGGGAGACAACAGUCAUCAAGAGGAGGACACUGCCCUUCAAUUUACAAAAAGUCAUCUCUGAAUUCAGUAGCUGCUGUGAAGAGAUGGAUACCAAGCAUUAAAAAUGAAAUGGAAUACUGUCUACAGCAAUCCCAACUCCCUCACUAUCCAGAGAGAAAGAUUGCAGAAUUUCAAGAGCGCAUUGAGAAACUAAGAGCCGAAUAUCAGAAUUACCUGCGCAAGCUGAGGGCUUUAGAUCCUGUUAACAAGGAGCAUCCUUGGAAACCAAGGGGUUACUCCAGAAAGCGAACAUCUGAGCCACAGCACGGUGACAAAGAUGCUGGAUGUUUGAAAUUGCUGCACACUCCUGUUCUGCACCCAACCGAGGACCGGCAGGUGACUCUGCAAGACUCCCAGGAAGAGCAGCAAAGCAGUCGAGGGGACACGUCACCAAGAAGCAUAGAGCAUCAUGGGGCCACCGUGUACACCUGCUCUGACAUCAACCCUCACACUCAGGAUGAGCCUCUCUCAUUUAAUCCAAGUCUGUUUUCCAUUCGACUUCCCGGAGGAGCACCAUCUGGAUGUGGAUCAGGUGCUGAUGUCCUGAGCUCCAUUUUGAAGUCAGGACUUCCAAACCUGUCUAGACCCCUGGCUGCCUGUUUGGACAAAGAGAAGACGAGUUCCCCAGGAGCACAGGUAGAGUCUGCUGAAAGAAACACGGAACACCAGCUUGAAGGACAGGGUCGGGAUAUCCUGGGUGUGGAUUGUUACUUGUGUUCUGACGAUGAUGAGGACGACCGUGAUGAAACCUGAGAGAAGCUCCUCAGCUCCACUUUAAGGCCCAUUCAGUUGGUCGAGGAUGUGGUUGGGGCAGCAGUAGGUGGUGAGCGGCACUACAGGCGUCCUAGGACCACAAUGAAUGAUUUAAACAAACAGCCUUGGGUUUAUUCUGCGGAGGAGCUUUUUCAGCUUGUGCCCACGUGUUAGCUGUGUCCAGACUACUGAUGGCUGACAGAAGACGCAGUGGCAGCACAUUCAUUUGAUUUACCUCUGGAUGACAGCUGAAGUGUCAUUUUCAUCAUAGAAUGACCUCUUGUUUUCAAAUAAAAAAAGAGCUUGCGUCUAACCUCCAUCACAUUUUAUUUGAGAAAUGUUUUUCAGGCACCUGUGGACUGGCUGCCCAUUUAUUUCAUAAGGUACAGCAUGUGUCUUGAAGUGUGUAUACAAGUGGAGGCACAAGGUCUUCUGGGGACACGUAUUGAGACUUGGCCGUGGAUUUGCACCUGGGACACUGUCCUCGAUAAUCUGGGCUUUUGUGACCCCCGUGUUACGUGCCACCCGUCAGAUACUGUAACUGUUCUUGCACAAGUUGCCCUUCUGAUCAUCGCCACCGGUGUGUGCUGAAUUGUCACAACAGGUAAACCUCAGCAGCUGUGUGGGGCUUCCCUCUGGUGCUUUAAAUGUUGUUCCUGUAAUCUGGACAGACCCCUUUUAUAGCCCAGGCAAGAAGCUUCUUGGCCGUGAUAGAAAUGUCACUGCCUUGGACAUGCUAACUAUGGAGGGCAAAACGUAACUUCAGUGUAGGAAUUUAUAACCGUGACAGUUGUGAAGAUAGAUACUUUAACGAUGGUGAGCGUCAAGGCACUGUAGGAAUAUCGGGGCAUGUGAUGGGGGCACACUGUAGUUUAACGCAGAACAUGAAAGUAAUGAGGGGGGCAGAAUAUUCAAUGUGGAAACACCUAGAGACUGUCAGCGUGAUUUAAUGCUAGUGUGGGCCCAUUUAAUAAGGUGGGCUUUGCAGGCAGAGAUGGAUGGGGGAUCUUGAAAGUUCCAGUACUGAAAAUAUUGUGUUUAGAUAUCAGGUAACACUUUAGAUUAGGGACACACCAUAAUAAUAAAAACCUGAAAAAGACUUCUUUAGAUCGUAACACUUAACUGCUUUGGUGAGGCCUUGUUAUUGAUCUUUGUGCAGGGUGGCAUAUUAACAGCUUGUGAUGUGCUGGUGAAUACGAGAGCUUCAUGUGGUCCGGUUAGGCACUCGGUGUGACCUGAGCCUCAAGUUACAGUACUGUUGGGUUAUCAGACGUCUACUAUGGGACUAUGCACUAUAGAUAUACUG